AAAUAUUAUAUAUUAUAUUGACAAGGGACCGCUUUUACAAUAGAAAUGGAAAUACAUGUGAUGUCAGUUGGAAAAAAAAGGGGCUUAUUUUCACGCGGAUAGAUUUUGGGUGGAGUAAAUCCUCUCGCUUCGCCGCUUCCUCUCGGUCAUAACGCUGGAUGAUAGAGAGAAGUGCGCCUGACCUGUACGCUUUCCUGAAUGUAAUAGACUACACGAGAUUAACAUAAAUGAGAAUUUCGAUUAUGAUGUUUAUUAGUAUAACAGACGGACUGCAGUUGGUUAGCGUCGAUUUGUAGCUACGAAAACUCCCGACGAAAGCCCUCCUCUACAUCACCACCGGGAAAUUCCAACAUCACUUUGUUUCUGCCUGGCUGAAAGUGUAGGAGUUGGUGGUUUCAAAUAGGAUCAUAUUGAACCGUCCGUAUCAAACAGAACCCUGGUAUGGUAUUGAUACCUAUUUUUAUGCUGUGCAUAGGAUAUGCUUUCUACCUAGCUACUAUUCACUAACGUUAGUCUGUUCACUGAUUUUUGGGCUAACUAGGUAGCGUUAGCCUAGCUAGAGCGUUAGCCUAGCCAGCUAAGCGGUCAUACGAAUGCAAUGGGUCACACACACUGCUGUUCUUCAGGUUGAUAUACGGAUAUGAUGGAUAAUAUCAUAGUCGAAUUGUUCUCCUCAUGGAGUGUAGAUUUUUGGGGACACUGUUUGCAUACACUGGAUACGCUUGGUGACGUUGAUUCAAUGACGACAUGCACCACUAACUUACCGGUACUGGAACAUGUUUGUAGCUGACGUUCCUGGCAACACGCUAGUCGAUGUUAUUGUUAGGUAACGUUAGUUAGCAAACAUUAGCUAGAGAAUUAGCAAGUUGCUGCCUAUGUAGAUAGCGGUGGCAAGCACAAGACAGCUCUUCUAUUCGGGAAGCGCCAAAAUUUCGUAAAUCAUGAAACAUUGCGAAUACCAGCAAAUCGACCCGCAGGCACUUUCAACGCCAACACCGACCCUGCCGCCGCAACACGCUGCUGUUCAGGAAGAGAAGAAGGGGGAAACCGCACGGAGAAAAUGGGAAGUUUUCCCCGGCAAGAAUCGCUUCUACUGUGAUGGACGGAUCAUAGUGGCUCAGCAAAGUGGUGUCCUACCACUCACCCUCGGCCUCAUUUUGGUCACCACUGUACUGUUCUUUGUUUUCGACUGUCCCUUCCUGUUGAAGCACCUGACCGUGUUCAUCCCAGCAAUUGGAGGAGUGCUGUUUGUGUUUGUAGUCAUCUCCCUCCUGCAGACCAGCUUCACUGACCCUGGCAUCCUUCCCCGGGCUACACCGGACGAGGCCGCAGACAUUGAGAAGCAGAUCGAUAACUCUGGCUCUUCCACCUACCGACCCCCUCCCCGCACCAAGGAGGUGAUGAUCAACCAGCAGGUAGUGAAGCUCAAGUACUGUUUCACCUGCAAGAUGUUCCGGCCACCGCGCACCUCCCACUGCUCCCUCUGUGACAACUGUGUGGAGCGAUUCGACCACCAUUGUCCCUGGGUGGGGAACUGUGUUGGGAAGAGGAACUAUCGUUUCUUCUACACCUUCAUCGUCUCUCUGUCCUUCCUGACAGUCUUCAUCUUUGGCUGUGUCGCCACACAUCUAGCACUGAGGGCACAAGGAGGGAGAGGCCUGAUGUUUGCUCUUCAGGAGAGUCCAGCCAGUGCUGUGGAGCUGGUGAUUUGCUUCUUUUCAGUUUGGUCCAUCUUGGGCCUCUCAGGCUUCCAUACCUAUCUGGUUGCUUCUAACCUGACAACAAAUGAAGAUAUCAAAGGCUCGUGGUCGGGGAAGAGUGGGACGGAGGACACCGGUAACCCCUACAGCUAUAACAACAUCAUUACUAACUGCUGCUCUGUACUCUGUGGACCCAUGCCUCCCAGUUUGAUUGACAGGCGAGGCUUCAUGCCAGUGGAGGAGUCGUCCCAGACAGUUGCCACGGAGAUAGAGCUGGCCGCUAAGAACGAGAUAAACGUGUGUCAACUGGUAUUGUGUCUCUCCGUAUUUGUGUGUAUGGCCCAUCACCACCCCCCACUAGGAGGACAGCUGUCUGGACUUUGCUCUGUCCUGUGCUGGCUGAUGAGCAAGUGCACACAGGGAACUAAAGAUCUGUUGGAGUCGGCAUCUCGCUCUCCCUGUCCCCAGACAGGGAAACCCCAGACCGUCUCUACUUCCUGUCCCGAAAGCAUCGACCCAGCUGACCCGGCGGUGACCUUUAACCCUGAUGUAACCUCUGACCCUGACCCUGUUGCGGUGCCCUCUCUGAAAUGCGGAGGCCGCCACCACAGCCACACCACCAGUCCUCCGGACGAACCCCGCCAGCUGCACCACCACCAUAACCGGCACCACAAGACGCGGUCGGCACGGAGCAGCAGCAAGCGGGCUGCUCUCCACAUCUCCAACCCGGCAUACAACGUCAGCCUCAGCCCCCCCACCUCUCCAGGCCUUGGGCCUAGUCAUGGCACAGGGGCAGAGGAGCACGUAAGGGACCGCUUUGCCACAUUGCACUGAGUCAAGCAAACUCUUCACUUCCUCUGAGUGAAUGGACCUGCGCCUUGCUGCCUUCCACAGCUCUACGCUCUGCAUGCUGUACAACAGUUUAGUCCUACUUGCCAGACUCAUGGCGCACGGCUAUAGGAAGAGACUACAGUCAAUCACACUGGAUGCAGUCAGGUGGUAGCUUUUAUAAUCUAUGUAAGUCCACAAGUCCUCUGGGAGAGGUGGGACAUGACUGAAGCAUCACCAGCACCCUCUUUACAUCCUGGGCCUAUGUGGUGGUUGGGGACAAGGAUGUGUGACUGUUACUUUGGAGCUUAAGGAUGUAUUACUGAGGAUAGCUGUGGGGGGGUGUGACCGUCUGGAGAAGUCAUUGCACGGUGGCCAGCUUUCACUAGCUAGGCCUAUCACAUCUACUACCAAUUUGUAUAGCCUGCUUGGGCCUUUAUUAGACUGCAAAUGAAUGGAGAGCCCUUCUAGAGAUACAUUACAGCUUCCUAUCAGAAGAGGGCACUACCUGCAGUGAGAGUGGUACAUGUGAACACUUAUAGGACACACAGACAAACCUCCAAAUGUAAUUGAACUGAAUAGCCCCUUUGUUUACAGCGAAAAGCACAACAAAAGAGCUGGUAUUUUGUGGGGCAAACUUGUGUAGCUACUCAGUGAACCAUACAUUCUUCUGUUGACACACUCCAGCUGAAGAGACCUAGCCAGCACUACAGGGCCUCAUACAGACUGUUAUUUUUCUGGGUGGCCAAAAACUAGCCUAGCAUCCAAACUGAUGUCGCUAUGAGUGCAGCGUUCAGUCUGGCUUAAGGCUUGAUACACUUUGGGGAUACCUACCUACUGAUUUGGGAUGGCUCAGAUUAUUAGAGUAGUUGGCUUGAGGCCCAAAAACCUGGCUGUGUGAGUGCCAAACAACCCAAAUCCUUUUUUUUAUCUAAAAGCAGAACCGGAUGGAUGAGCUUGAGUUAGUAUGUGAUAGGCUAGCAUUAGUACAUAGAGCUUUCUAUAUAUCAAGGUCUCUGAACUUGAAGAGACCCCCCCCCCCCCCCCACAUCGAUAAGAGUAGCUCUCGUACUUAGCCCUAGACCCAAGGACAGUAGUAAGAGUGACUAGUAUGCACAACACGGACAUGACUGAAAUGCACUGGCAGAUGAGGACGUCUUGAAAAUCCUAACUGCUAUUUUACGGUUCAAAACCAACCAUUCAUUCAACAGUAACGACCCAAGACACCCUUACAGCAUACCUCAGAAAUGCUUCACCUCACACAGGAAUGUGUUCUUACUAAAGCAGUGUUUCCCAUGAUUCAUAUACACCUCUAUAAUACUGCUAUGUACCUGAGACAUGUUAGCAGUAUCUUGCGUCGCAUGUGGUUGCCUCAUGCCAUGUCCAAAUACUCCUUCCUCCUUGAGUCGCUUGCACUAUUAGUCCAGACAGGAUCCCCAGCACUAAUUGCUAUUCCAUAAUCCACAUAUUAGAUGUGUGAAUCUGAUCCCUUCCUUGAUUUUGAGCAGUGAUACUAGACCAAAAUUAGCCUCUUGUUCAUUUGAACCUUUUUGUUCUUUGUGCGGUUUGACAAAUCUAAUAAGGUACUGUGUGAUAUGAGAAGGCCCACUGAACCAGGGCAUCUGAAUAGGAAGAAUUCAGUGAGGUUCUCAAUCUGAAACCAGUCUUUGUGUUAUAGGCUUAGUUAUUUGAUAUACAAGAUAACUGUGAAAGUUCACGUUGAUCUACUUCGUUACGCCUACCCCUGCAGUCAUUUGCACAGAAAACGCAAUGAACUGCCACUGAGCAUGAAACGUGAGCACACUGAGUCGUAGGGACACACAAAGAUCACUUAACACUUGACAGUCCGUUUCAUACAAAUAAAAUGAUAUUCCUUAUUGUCCACUUGGACCUACGGCAUUCGCAUUCACUAGAGCAGAGAAGUGAAUUCACUGCACAUUUUGUAUUUCAAAAAGUGUUUCCCUUCAUCACAACAACUUGGACAUACUGUAGAUCAGUGGUCAUCCACAAUGCAUUUCAAAUUAGAUUCUAAAGGGCAUUUCCUGUUAUUUCAGCCAAUAUUCCUCAAAAUGAAAAGCACUGACUUUAUAAUGGUCUAUUUCAUGUCAGUCAUGGAUCCAGAAUGAUUGGUCUGUUGACCUCUGUGCUUAUUUAUGUUCAACAUUGUUGAUUCUUUAUGGAAAAACCAUAACAACAGUUGUGUGUUUAUAACCUGACUGAUACGCUUGUCUCCGCACAGUAACUGGAAUUGAUGCUCUCUGUCUGCGUAUUACACACCAAGGCCACCAGAUGGCGAUGGUUACAACUAAAUGGAGAUUUUCACACCAUGUUCACACACUUUCAAAAGAGCUCUCUUCCCAGAAAUAAUCCAAUGUUUGUUCAGUCAAGUAGUUACAUAAACAAAGGCUCUCAGGCAAUAUGUUUA